AUGGCUCAGAGUUCGUCGGAGGGGGUCCCCCAUCUACGUCGAGUGGGCACGACGCAGCAGCUGGUGGUCAAGGGUAGACCAUUUCUUGCUCUCGCCGCAGAAUUGCAGAAUUCUUCGAUGACAUCCGCAGAGUACAUGGAAUCAGUCUGGCCGGAAUUAGUCGCAACGAACAUCAACACCGUCCUGGGAUGUGUGACCUGGGAAGACAUUGAGCCAGUCGAGGAUAAAUUCGACUUUACCGAACUGGACAGGAUUGUUUUGCGCGCUAGGGAUUUCGGCCUCCACUUGGUUCUGCUCUGGUUUGGAUCUUUCAAGAAUGUGCAAGGCAUUUCUACAUAUACCCCCGCGUGGGUGAAAACAAACCCGCGACGGUUUCCUCGAGCCAAGCUGCGCCAAGCAGGCGGCAUUCUUCAGACCGGCGAUGUCUUGUCGAUAUUCCAUCAGGAAGGGUGUCACGCUGACGCGAAAGCAUUUGGCCGUCUACUCGCCCAUAUCAAAAAGAUCGAUGGCGAGGAUUCAACUGUGAUUAUGGUCCAAGUCGAGAAUGAGGUCGGUUUACUGGGUGACUCGCGAGAUGGAUCUGUCGCAGCAGAGGCGCGAUUUGAUGAAGCGGUUCCCGAGGAAUUGAUUCAAUUCCUAACGCGUGAUUGGAACUUACUACAUGACGAUCUGAAAGUCAAUUUGAAGCAUUUCAAAGGCGUGUCCGGUAGGCCCGGUCGUUCGUGGGAACAAGUGUUUGGCAAGGGAGCUCACACUGACGAAUUGUUCAUGGCCUAUCAUUAUGCCAAAUACCUCGACCAAGUGGCAGCCGCGGGAAAACAGGCGUACCCCCUUCCCCACUAUACAAAUGUAUGGCAACCCUUUGGAGAUGGCGAGGAUGAAACCAAUGUCCCCGUCGUUGCCGGAGGGGAGGAAACCCUGGAGUUUGCUCCUUCAUUGGAUUUCAUUUCGCCCGACCUAUAUCUGAACCACUAUGCAAGUUGCUGUCGAAAGUACCGCCAUCGCAAUCAGCCACUGUUCAUACCCGAGCAGCGACGCGAUGAAUAUGGGGCCAGACGCAUAUGGACAGCAUUUGGGUCGAACCAGGCCAUCGGAGUAUCGCCCUUUGGUAUUGAUACCGUUGAGUCCGCUACAAACCCCUUCACCAAACACUACGCGCUGCUCAAAUCGAUAGCAACCAUCAUUCUCGACGCGCAGACCCGUCCAGAUGACUUGGUUGGAUUCCACAUCGAUGAGCUGGCGGCAGAUGGGGGUGACUCCUUCAAGCCAGUGAUCAAGCAUUGGGGUGGAUAUGAACUCAUCAUUGAGCGAUGCUUUGUCUUUGGCAAGCCAGGACCGGGAGCGGGAAUGGUUAUUCAUCUAGGCGACGCUCGAUUUCUACUGAUCGGGUGGGGGUUCCAAGUGCGAGCUCGAUCGCUCUCGCCGACAAGCACAUUCACUGGGUUUCUCCGCUUUGAAGAGAAGCAGGUGGUUGACUCGGAUACGGGGCAGUUGAGAACGUUGCGAGUGUUAAAUGGCGAUGAGACUCGCAGUGGGAUCGCGGCGAUGAUGCCCGCGGAGGAUCCAGAUUAUGGAGGGUUUCCGAUCUGUGUCACCAUUCCUGCGAGAACGAUGAUUGCAGAGCUGGCGGUUUACUCGAUUCAGGAAGAAGACGAGAUCUAG